AUGCCAUUAUUGAUCGACCCAUCCGCCAUCAUCUACUCCAACACUUCCAACGAAGCAACUACUUUUGUGCAAGCUAUCAACCAAUAUCUCUGUCUGACUGUGACUCGCAAUGCGAUCAGUCCUGUACCCCAAGUCUUCGACAUCAGUGCAGAAAUCUUCUGGAGAAUGCUGUCAGGCAUGCGAACAAAAUUGAAGUUGGCUUGGUUUCCGUUUCUAGCAGGCCUUUCCGGGCCACUGCAAGAGACUGACGAUCUGGAAAUAGUAGCGCUUUGUCUCGAUGGAUUCAAGAGUGCUAUGAAGAUAUUUACCUUCUUGAAUAAUGUAGGGGAGAUGAAGACGAAGAAUAUGGAGGCGAUCAAGGCUCUUCUCGAUGUUGCUGUCGCUGAUGGCAAGCAUUUCAGAGGCUCUUGGCACGAAGUGUUAACUUGGGUCAGCCAACUCGAGCAUAUGCAGCUCAUUAGCGAUGGUGUCGAUGUUCCAGAAAAGAAAGGCCGACCGCGCAAAUUGCCAGCAGAAGAGCUUGCGAACGAAAGUAGAUCUACACACAUAACGGUAGCGGCAGAUAUGGUCUUUUCUCUGAGUGAUUUUCUAUCUGGGAUAUGUUGUUUUUCUGUCCAUAUGCGGUCAGGGUGGCGGACAAUGUUCGGCGUGUUCCAAGCAGCGUCCAAAGUGCUCACUGAACGGAUUCCCAACUCCGCCUUCGAAAUCGUCACUAAACUAAAUCGGGAUCAUUUUUCUGAGAUCGUUCGUAACGGAGCGUUCAGUGAUCUGGUAGUGUGCAUCACCGACUUCUGCAAAGUGAGCAAGUAUCAGAAGAUAAGUCUGCUGGCGACAGGAAUGCUCAGAGGAGUCAUUCCCGUUAUGUUAGAUUCUGCGGAGUGCGGUUGGAGCACAGGACCUUCAUCUGAGACGAAUUCUUCCAUGGAUGAUGGCAUAGUAAAGUAUUGGUACCCCAUAUUGUUCGCUUUCUACGAUAUAAUCAUGAACGGAGAGGACCUAGAAGUUCGACGACUCGCCGUCGAUUCCCUAUUCACAACACUCAAGACUUAUGGAGACACCUAUCCUUUAGAGUUUUGGGAUACUUCUAGUCAAGAUCUCUCAAGGUUCAGCACGCAAGAGGACAUGAGCGUUUGGUUAUCCACUACAAUGAUACAAGCCCUGCGCGAUCUCAUAGACCUUUACACGUAUCAUCUUACUAUUCUGGAACGUUUCCUUGACGGGCUUCUGGAUCUUUUAUGCGUCUGUAUAGGUCAAGAAAACGAUACCUUGGCUCGAAUCGGAACAUUGUGUCUUCACCAAUUGCUGGAAAACAAUGUUUCGAAGCUAAGCCCUGCUCGAUGGGAACGUUCCGCAACUACGUUUGUCAGAUUGUUCAAGACCAUGACACCUCAUCAAUUAUUUGACGAGACUCUACGGGAAGAAAUUGCUGACAGUAGCUCGGAGAUCGCGGAGGAAACCAAUGGCCAAACAAUCCUUCCUGCACCUUUGUCAGAGCAAAAAAGUUCUUUAUCAGUUUGCUCGAAUGUUCAACGAAGACAAGGAUUUACGCACUGGGCUAUGGAAAAUGGACCACAAUCUUUCGACCUCCUCAAACCAGUAUUCAUGGGAUGCGCUACGAAGUCUCCGAAAGUCGUUGCGAUAUCUCUUGGUUCUCUUCAACGUCUUAUAUCCCUCAAAGCCGUUCCGAAAUCCACUGUGCCGGAAAUCAUCCGUAUCAUGGGCGAUGCAAUGAACCAGGGUGUAGAUAUCCAGCUCAAGAUAUUGCAAACAUUACUCGGGUUGAUAACAAAUUAUUUGGAAGUGCACAAUACGUUGUUGGGCAAUGCUUUGCUUUUGUGUUUCAAGUUACAAGAAUCACGAAUUGCAGUCGUAUCUAGUACGGCCACUGCAACUCUUCGGCAGCUCGUCGUGGUUAUGAUGGACAAAAUGGUCGAUGAGGAUCACAAGAACACAGACGCAGAAAUUGGAGAGGCGGAUAAUAGGCUCGCAGAAAUCACAUUACCAGAUGGCACCACCACUCCCCUCAGUCCUUCCGCAAAAGACGCGUAUUCCGUAUUCGAGGAUCUAUGUCUCUUGGCGAAUUUGGAAAAGCCUAAUUUCCUCAAGCUUGAAUCUCUCCAUAAGAUGUUCGCACUGGAGUUAAUUGAGAGUGUUCUGACGAAUUAUCAUGCAUUAUUUCGAAAACACCCUUCCCUGAUUCUCCUUUUACAACAUCAUCACUGUCCCCUUCUCCUCAAGGCGCUCUCAGACCGACCGACAUUCCCUCUCAUUUUGCGAUGCACUCGCGUCGUGUUCCUCCUGCUGAAGCAAUUUUGCCUCGAAUUGCAGACGGAAGCUGAGGUGUUCUUGAUGCUCCUUAUCGGUAUUAUUACGGACGAUAAUUCAGUGUCGUUGGAUACAAGCGGAAGCAGAAGUAGCAUCGCAUCGAAUGAAUCGUAUGGUCAUAAUCUGGAUGAGGGUGCUUGCAAUGGAGAUAAUGCGAGGAACAGUUCGUGCAGCGAUGCGGAACUCAUGCGUAAUGUAUGGGAUCGUUACGAUGCACAGGAACAUGGCUCAAAUGCUCUCAAAACCCUUAUUACUGCGCUCAAACGACUUGUCACAGAAAAGCCCGCUCUGCUCGGGGUAGGGUCGCAGAUGUUCGGUGUGGGUGUCAGCAGUAAUAAUGAUAGCCACUACGCAUUGUCACCCAGUGGUUCUGCUUAUUCGUUGGAUGGAGUAGUUGGGAUGGUUGCCACUGCGGCUAGCGCCACGGUAUCGAAUGUAGUUGGAAUGAUUGGCUCGAACGCUGGACUAAGCUUGCAGGGUUCAACUAUGAAACUGCAGUGUAUUGACCAACUGGACAAGGCCGACUCUCCUCCAAUUCCUGAAUCAUACGUCUAUCUCCUCGCCGUGCAAUGUCUCGUCUCUCUUUGUGAAGGAUUUGCAACAUUCGCUGCACCCCUUUACAACACCAUAAUCAUCCAAAAACCUUGCGCAGCAAGCGAGGCACCUAUCCGCGCACCACCAGCCUUGGACUUUACCAGCCUUUCUUCGGACGAUCCCUCAACAAAACAACUCCAAAUUGUACGGGAUAUUAUCGAAAGCAAUUGCCCUGCUCUACUUGCUGCGCUUUCCUUCGUCAUCGCAACAAAUCUUUGCGAUGAAAUUUUCGUUGAUAUCCUGGCAAGUUAUCAAGCCAUGACCAAUGUCUCUGGGAUGUUGGGUCUUACUACACCGAGAGAUGCCUUCUUCACGAGCUUGGCGAAGUUCUCUGUUCCCACACGGGUCGUGUCAAGUCUUGAUUCGUAUACAGACCCGCAGACUCCUCGCUCUGCAACCUCUUUUUCCGAAAAUCUUGGUGUCUACAUCUCCUGGUCUUUCUGA